UUCGGAAAAGGCAUUAUGGCUCAUUUUACAUUUGGAUGGAACUAUUCGGUUGGACUAGUUUCAUUAGCUGCAAUGUCUGCAUAUAUCCUGGGUUUGGACUUGGGCACCACGUCGGUAAAAGCCGUUUUAUUAGAAACUGUCUCCCGAACGGUGGUUGCUAUUCAGUCUUUGCCAACUUCGUCUGAUAUAAUUGACCAAAGCGGAAAAAAGGCGAAAGAGCAGGACACUGGCCGGAUCAUUGACACUGUGAACCGGUGCAUCGGCCUGCUGCCCCGAGACAAACUGCAGCAUGUCAGCAGCAUCGGGUUGUCCGGGCAGAUGCACGGGGUUUUAUUUUGGAAAGAAAAACGCGGUUGUGAUUGGUCCAAGAGGGAUUUCUUCACAGCCCGAGACACCAGUCAGCUGAUCACCUGGCAGGAUGGGCGCUGCAGCAGCAAUUUCCUGUCCUCACUUCCAAAUCCAGGCUCACAUCUCAGCGUGGCCACAGGCUUUGGCUGUGCUACAAUCUUCUGGUACAUGAGAAACAGGCCAGAGUUCCUCGAGGACUUCACAGUUGCAGGUACCAUCCAGGACUAUGUGGUGUCCAUGCUGUGUGGUCUGGACGGCUGUGUGAUGACCCCCCAGAAUGCAGCCGGCUGGGGCUACUUCAACACCUCUACCAACCAGUGGAAUACAGACAUUCUGAAGGGGGCCGGCUUCCCUUUGGGCCUGCUUCCUCAGUGUGUGCCAUCUGGUUGCUGGGCGGGACAGACGUGCUCUGACUGGCAUGGUAUCCCUGCUGGAACACCAGUAGGGGCCGCGCUGGGAGACUUCCAGUGCUCGGUAUACUCCUGCAUGAGUGCCAGAACAGACGCAGUUCUUAACAUAAGCACCUCAGCCCAGCUGACCUUCGCCUUGCCAGCUGACUUCAAACCUCCAGAUUCUCCUCAGCCUGCGUCCUCCAUCUCCUACGUUCCCUACUUCGAGGACUCGUACUUGGCGGUGGCAGCUUCACUAAAUGGAGGGAAUGCACUGGCUACAUUUGUGGAGAUGCUCACUUCCUGGAUGAAAGAGCUUGGUGCAGAGAUGAGUGAUUCCUGUUUAUAUGAGAAGCUGAUUAAUUGCUCCCUGAAUCAGGAAACGAGAGAGCUGUCGGUGAGUCCCACUCUCUUGGGUGAGAGGCACGAUCCCCUCUGCCUGGGCCAGGUCACCAACAUCUCCCCUACCAAUCUGUCUCUGGGUCACGUGACCAGGGCGCUGUGCCGCGGAGUCCUGCACAACAUCACGUCAAUGAUGCCUGCUGACCGUCUGCAGCAGGCGGGGGUCUGCCGGAUUGUGGGCAGUGGGAGCGCCAUCGCCCGCAAUGAGGUGCUGAGGCAGGAGGUGGAGAAGGCGUUUCCCCAACCGGUGGUGUACGGACAAAACGCAGACUCUGCUGUUGGCGUAGCCAUGGUCCUCUGUGACCUCAUGAGAGAUGCAUACAUAAUCAAGUGAACAUUAUAGGUUACUUAUUUAAUCGCACGUUUGGUAAAAAUCAGGAAAACUUAAAUGGUACAACAUAUUUCGCUCUGAGUCUAAAAGCAAAAUCUGGGAAGAAUCCAAAGCCUUAAGAAUUUUCCAGUUUGUUUUGUUCUGUGAUGUUUUUAGACUUUUGGGAAUCAAAGAUCAAAGCUACCAAAUGAUACAUGCUGGCUCAUACCAACUGCUUCUUGAAUGCAGCUAAAAUCCCCUUUCAACAUUGAAUUUAACUCCAUUGCCUGUCAUUUCUGGGUCUAAUAAGCAGUGUUUCAGAUAACAUGUCUGAUAAGGAUUUUAAAACAUAAGUCCGUUGCAAAGAUGCUCAUCAUUCAUUAAAAAAAAAACUAAUGUUAAAGAGCAAAUGUAUUCAAAGACAGCUACCUAUGUAGAACUGUUUGCAAAGAGUAAAAAAAAAAACACAUUGUGUUAUCACUUGGUUUUGACUCCUUGCUUUCUGCAUUAGCGCAGCUGCAGUAACAGUUGAAUGCAACGAGUUCAUGCUCUUUCCCUCCAUGUUGCUGAAAGGUGUUAUGAAGUGUGAGGCAGAUUGAAAUCACAGCACCGCUGGAAUGCUUUGAAAACAACAGAUGUAUGAUCUAUAGAGAAUUAAAUCAUA